GGGCUAAAUCGCCCGGCCUGUGGUCCUAACCGUCACUUCCUGUAGCCGUCUACAGAAAUGCCUGUUUAAUAAAGUGCGAAACAGCGGGCCACGUUUUGCGAAGGAUGUUUUGUUAACUUUUUAGCCGUCGUUUUGGUCGACGUAACGUUUCCAAACCCGCUAUCGUCUCUAUUAACAGCCAACGCCUGGAAAGCCGUCGUAACGGAGAAACUGUUUCCUCGGUUACGUCGCUCGAAGCAGCUCGUAUUUGUGACCCGCCAAAAGCCGCACACAAGUCCAGCGAGGAAGUGACCAUUUUGUGAGUUAUCGUUAGCUGUUUUUGAUACAGCUUCGUACUGAAGUUCUCUUCCGGCAAACGAAAAUGAGUGGCGGUUUCAACUUUGGGCAAGCCAGCACGGGCUUCUCUUUCGGAGCUCCGAAGCCCGCGGCCCCGGGCCCCGGCACGGGCUUCGGGAUGACUGGCGCCGUACCUCCCGCCUCUGGAGGGGGCUUCGCCUUUGGCACUCCCACUCAGGCCCCCGCCGCCCCCAACCCGGCCGGAUCCUUCAGCUUUGGUACCCCAGCAAAGAGCACAGCAGCCGUAGGGGGCUUCUCCUUCGGGACCCCCACCAACACGUUUGGCAUGGCCGCCCCUCAAGCCGCCGCGGCGCCAGCGGCAUCGGCGCCACAAGGGCUGACUUUAGGCACCGCGGCGGCUCCAGCUGCGGGGUCUGGGUUCACUCUGGGAUCGGGUCUGUCAGCCCAGACUGCCGCUCCUGCGGGAGGGGGCCUGGCCUUUGGCACGCCGUCUCAAGCUCAACCCCAACUCGCGGUUCAACCCCAACCCGCGGCACCGCCGACGGCCGCGGUGACUGCGACCACCGGAGCGGGCGGCCUCUCAUUCGGAGCGUUCAGCUUCGGGGCGACCAAGGUCCAGGCGACCGCCCCGGCGGCCCCCAUGGCUGCGCCUACUGCUGCCCAGGGAGGGGGCUUCAGCUUCGGCACCGGUGCUCCGUCCACCCUCGGCAUGGGCAUGAGCAUGCAGCCGCAGCCAGCACCCGCUGCCGCGGUCGCGCCAAGUCAGGGUGGAGGAUUCGCCUUUGGGAUCAAGCCCUCGUCCACCCCGGCGCCUCCCGUAUCCACCCAGGCAGCCACAGCCCCCGGCGCGUCCCUCUUCGCUUCACCAAUCCCCACCGCUGCCGCUUCCGCCGCCGCUGCGGCCGCCGCCACCGCCGCUGCCGCCACAGUUACCGCCUCUUCAACAGGUGCGGGCUUUACUUUGGGUGUAGCCCCGACUUUAGCAGCAAGCACCGCUGCCGCAACCACUGCAGCCCCCGGUGGAGGUCUGUCCUUUAUGCUCAAACCCCUGGGGGCAGCGACCUCCGCCCCGGCCCCUGCCCCCACCGCCACGGUAGCAGCAACGGGGGCCGCGACGGCCUUCUCGCUGGGGCUCAAAUCCUCGACCGCUUCAGGUAUCGCGACAGCUUCUGCAGCCUCGACGAUCUCCGCAACCGCUGCUCCUCCAGUGAUGACCUACGCCCAGCUCGAGGGUCUCAUUAACAAGUGGAGUCUGGAGCUGGAGGACCAGGAGAGGCAUUUCUUGCAGCAGGCCACCCAGGUGAACGCGUGGGACCGCAUGCUGGUGGAGAACGGGGAGAAGAUCACAUCCCUGCACAAGGAGAUGGAGAAGGUGAAGCUGGACCAGAGGCGGCUGAACCAGGAGCUGGACUUCAUCCUGUCCCAACAGAAGGAGCUGGAGGACCUGCUGUGCCCGCUGGAGGAGUCUGUGAAGGAGCAGAGUGGAACCAUCUACAUGCAGAACGCGGACGAGGAACGCGAAAGGACGUACAAGCUGGCGGAGAACGUGGACGCCCAGCUGAAGAGGAUGUCGCAGGACCUGAAGGAGAUCAUCGAGCACCUGAACACGUCCAGCGGCCCGGCCGAUACCAGUGACCCGCUUCAGCAGAUCUGUAAAAUUCUCAACACCCACAUGGAUUCACUUCAGUGGAUCGAUCAGAACUCUGUUCUCCUGCAGAGAAGAGUGGAAGAAGUGUCUAAAUUGUGUGACAACCAGCGCAAAGAGCAGGAGAAAACCUUUCGUCUGACAUUUGACUGAUCUGCAAUUAAUUUGUUCAUGUGUAUAUUGACUAAAGAGGGAAGUAUUUUUUAGUGGGUUUAGAUAUUUUAAAUGCAAAAACAACAAACGUACACAAUUCCUGUUAUUCAGCUCAGCCGUUUGGUUGCAUAAAGCCUGAUCUUUCCAUUGCAAUAGCGUUGAUAUAGAGUGGUGACGCAAUCGAUCUGUUCCCAUGUAAAUGCUGCUGUGGUUCUAAAUAAUAUGAUUAAAUGCAUAAAAUAGUUACGGCUUCACUUUUUUGGAUAGCAAAUAAGAUUCAGACAUGAAUGUUUAACUGCAGAGGUAGAACUUUGUGAUUUAGCUUCUCUUCUGUAAACUGAUUAUCUUUUUGACUGACUGAGCAAACAAUUCAACGAAACUGAUGAUUGUACCUUUUUGUUUGAGAUUAUACUACUAUUGGUAAUGAAAGGAAA